UGGCUGUGGAAGAAAAGGGUGUGAGUGCUGGACCGGCCUGCCUGCAGUCUCGACCUGAUAGCAUGUGGAAUAUCAUCCCAAAUUUCCUAUUUAAAAAGUUGCAGUGUCCACUCCCUGUCUGGUAUCCUGAACCACGGACCAGCGCAGUUUUCUCGCUAUAGGUUGAAGUCUCUUGCGGAUGAAUGGCAAUGAUAGCAACGAGAACGGUGGCAGCGGGGGUCCCAGCGUCUUUGUCCCGGUUUAGAGGAGCUCUGGUCGCGGCUGUGCUGGGCGACUGUGUCGGCGGAGAGUUUGAAGGAGCGGAAGAGGUCCCCAUGGAGAGUGUGCUGCAGCACCUAAACAGCCUGAACGAUGAGACCAAAGGAAACGGUAUCCUUGAAUACAGUGAUGACACUGCCAUGGCGCGUUGUGUGGUCCAGUCUCUACUCACCCAUGCUGGCUUCAAUGAGCAGGACAUGGCUCGCAGGUUUUCUAAGGAGUACAGUGCAUCCCCUGGUCGUGGUUAUGGUUCUGGAGUGAUUCACGUGCUAAAGAAGCUGGCCUCUCCCCAACUUAGCGAUGUGUACCAGCCCGCCAGGAACCAGUUUAAUGGUCGGGGCUCUUUUGGAAAUGGUGGGGCCAUGAGGGCGUCCCCCUUUGCACUGGCUUUUCCUGAUAUAGCCAGUGUUAAAAGGUUUGCCCGUCUGGGUGCCAUGCUGACCCAUUCUUGUUCUCUGGGUUACAAUGGAGCAGUGUUGCAGGCAUUAGCUGUGCACCUCUCCCUGCAGGGGGCGCUAGACUUACCUCAGAAGUUCAUCAACACACUAAUUACAGAGAUGGAGGAAGUGGAGGCUGAUGAGGCAGCUCGCAAUGAUGCCAGAAUCCUCAAGGAAGCAGAGAAGCCAUUCUGUGAGCGCCUUCACAGAGUUAGAGACCUGAUGGACAGAAGCAAGGUCAGCAUAGAGGAGGUCAUCUCUGAACUGGGUAAUGGCAUUGCAGCACUCCAUUCGGUCCCCACUGCCAUCUUCUGUGUCCUGCACUGCCUGCAGCCCCAGGAAUGCUUUCCAGAGAGCUAUGGUGGUGUGGAGAGGACAAUAGCAUACAGCCUGGCCCUGGGAGGAGACACAGACACCAUAGCGUGCAUGGCUGGGGCAAUAGCAGGGGCCCACUAUGGCAUCAAGGCCAUUCCUCAGACCUGGAUAAAGUUCUGUGAGGGGGCAGAAGAUGCAGACCUAAAUGCUGAGCGGCUUCACAUGAUGUACCACCAGUUGUCACAGGGGGGCACAAGUGGGACAGGGGAGCAGAGCUGUGAAGACAGAGCUGAAAGCAAGUUAACUGCUUCUGAUGGUACAGAGAAGAAACCUGGAGCAAAGUGAUGCUUCAACUGGAUUUUGACACACACACACACACACACACACACACACACACACACACACACACAUUCAGACACAUUAAACAUGCAUAACAUUUUCCAUCUCAGCCUUUUUUGGUCAGUAAAACGCUUUUGGAUCCAAGAGGCAUUGAGACCUUCAAGCUUAUAUGGAAGAAUAAGUUAUUAUAAAAAAAUAUUCACCAACCUUUUGUUGAGACAUAGAAUAUUAAAUUUGAACAAACCAAAAUAUACAAAAAUGACAAAUUCUUAUUUUGAGAAUUAUACCAGUUAUACAUCUGGUUUACACACCAGACAAACUAUUCUGAACUCAGUAGCAUUACAGAAAUUUGGUCUUGUAUAUGCAUAUGCAGAACAUUAUACGCUGUCUCCCGUUCCUGUUCGUCCCUCAUUUGUGUUGAACAAGCUCUUGUCAUGUGAAAGUUGCACAAUAAAAUGGUCGUACCUUG